AUGUCCAACGUCACUCUCACUGAUGCCAAAGAACUAGAGACUUGGCUUUGGUCAGUUCGCUAUGCCAUCUCUGCCUUGUUCAUCGUCCUGCUCCCAGGACGGCUGUAUCAACUUCAACAACGACCAGUCAAUGUCAGGUCCAACUCGCGCCAGUAUCUCAAAUUGCCGGUGCUAAUUCGCUACGCCAUCGAAUAUGUACAAUCCCCGGAAACCAACGAGGACAAAGGUUAUCUAUUAGUGUUCAUUGCCGCCAUCGUCUACAUUGGUCUUGCACUGUCAACUAGGGCUUACCAACAGGGCUUAAACCGACUACAGGUCAUGAUUAGAGGUGCCCUGCUUGGGUUGGUCCAUGAACACUCGUUGCUCGCUCGUCAUGAGCCAUACAGAAAAGGGAAGACAGUGGCCAUUGCAUCAACAGACGUGAGCGCCCUUGAAGGUGCCCCAAGAAUGCUACAUGAGUCUUGGGCCUUGUUAGUCGAGGUGGUUAUUGGAAGCGUCCUGCUGGCCAAGCAAGUUGGAUGGCUAUGGCCGGUGCCUCAUGUUAUCAUCAUCGUGUGCUCUCGAGUUAGCAGUGGUAUGUCCUCAGUAACCAUACUAUCCCUCCAGUCCGCCAUCAAAAUUUCUCCCGUUUCUAACAAUUCAUCAGCCAACGCCCUGGGCAUGUUCGCCCCAGUCGUCACCAUCGUCCUCUUCGCCAUCAUUGCCACAGCAAACGGGACCACUCUCGACACCAAAACAGCCUGCCCGACGAUUGCCGUCCUCGCCUUAGUGACGCACUCAGCAAACAUGGUCAUGACCAUCAUUCCCCAAGCGAUAGCGGCCUAUGCGAGCUUUGACCGGAUUGAGGAUUACAUCAAGUCCCAAAAGGCACCUGCAAUCAGCCGCUCCCCUCGCCCUGGGCAGCUAGCCGAAGGGACCGAGGUGUCCAUCCACGGCUUGACCGUACAGUGGACUCCAGAAGGCAACCCGACUUUGGAGGACGUCAACAUCGAGCUCUCACGGGAGUUACAAUGGGCACCCGGGUUUUGUUCAUUACUCAACGCUCCCAAUCCUCCCAAGUUGAAUACACAGCCCCCUCCAACUCCCACCACGCCUGACUCCCACGCCGACCCUACUCCUGCCGCUGGCUCUGCCCCUCCUACCGCCGGCCCUGGCCCCUCCGAUGUUGUCUCUGUCGCGGACGAUAACGAGCCCGAGCCCAGCCCCUCUGAUCGCAAGGGCAAGAGCAAGAGCACGAAGAAGGAGGAGGAGAACAAGCAUCGCGGUGUCCUUCCUUCGAUUCGCGUCAAUGCCCUUACAUCCUUACCUGAGUUCUCAUCCCACGACAACUAUGCUUGGGCAGUUUACCUUUUGAUCCUCCAAUGCGACGGACAAUUACCCUUAGUUUAUGUUGCUCGUCUCUUCAACCCAGCUCGCGCCCUAUUCCAUAUCCUGGAGGCUGCUAUAUCAUUCAGCCUAUAUGCCUACAAAAACAGAGGCAUCGUCGACCCUACGCUUACAACUACCCAAUGGGCUUCGUUAAUCCCAUACGGAGGAUUAUGUUCCCAUCCGGCUUGGAGCGAAGGUUUGAAAUUACCCUCAGUAUAUUCGUCUGGCCUCGUAGGAGCCGAACUCGAAGCCGCCAUACGUCUCACAGAGGAACGUGCUAGGGAAGCCAAAGCCCAAUACAAGAAAGAGAAGUGGGCGGCAUAUACCGAUGAACAGAAAGCGGAAAUAUACGCCAACCGAAGAGUACAUCGCCAAUACCUGAAGGAAUUCGACCCAGCAGGGUAUACAGAGCUUCUCGCGCAAGACAGAGCAUUUCAGCGUGAUGCUCAAGUUUGUACGGCAUCGUAUUCCUUCUUCAUCACUUUCCCCCAGUACUGGGUCAAGUGGUGGACUCAGAAUGACGAGCUCGAUUCGUCCAGCAAGAGAGGCACUCUCUUCUACGCGCUAGGCUAUGCCCUCCUAUACCUGAUGGCUUGGAUAUCUACGAAUGGCACGAUGCUGUCGACUGUCUUUCGAAUUGCGCCGACGUCCGGGUUGGCUCAUCAUCGGAGUCUUUUGCACACCAUCAUGCACGCACCUCUCCUCUACUUCUCCGCGGCAGACACAAGCGUUCUCCUGAACUAUUUCAGCCAAGACAUACAGCUUGUGGACAAAACGCUUGCGCCAGCUGUCAUGGCCUUCGCCACUCAAGUGUUCAAGAUGAUCGUGCAAGCGUCUCUGCUAUUGGCUGCUCAACCCAUCAUGGCCGUCACCCUUCCCAUCUGUGCCGCCGUCGUGUACGCAAUCUACAAGGUUUACCUGCGCACUUCGCGCCAGCUCCGGCUCCUUGAGCUCGAGAGUCGGGCGGCUGUGAACUCGUCUCUCCUGGAAACCGUCCAGGGUAUCGAGACAAUCCGGGCAUUUGGCUGGCAAACCGAAGUCGCGGUGGAAAACAUCCAUGUCGUCGACCUAAGCCAGCGUCCUUUUUACCUGUUGCUCUGUCUUAACAGGUGGCUCAACGUCGUUCUCGAUCUUCUCGUUGCGGGUGUAGCCGUCGGCACGAUUCUUCUCGCGGUCAGCUUGAAGGGCACGGUGACAGGAGGCCAGGUUGGCGUGGCCCUUUCGGUCAUUAUCGUUGCCAAUGCCACUCUCCUGAGCUUGGUGCAUUCGUGGACGAACCUGGAGGUCUCCCUCGGGGCUAUCUCGCGGUUGAAGAGCGUAGAGGAAGAUACACCACAAGAGCCGGUCUCCAUCCCCUGGCCUGGCCACAUUAGUCCAAACCCCAGACCCUUUACCGGAUGGCCCUCACCUUAUCUUUAUGGUAGCCGGCCCGGACUAAUUCGGUUUGAAGGAGUCUCUGCAUCAUAUACGAGCAAUGGCCCCUUGGAAUUCCAGGAUUUCAACCUCGAAAUUGCCUCUGGCCAAGUGGUUGUCAUAUGCGGACGGACAGGAAGCGGGAAAAGUUCCAUACUCCUUGCGAUGCUUCGCCUCAUUAAUAUCCGCGACGGGACACUCUGCAUAGAGAACCAGGACAUUCGUCAAGCCCCUCUGCAUAUCGUCCGGGAAACGGCCUUUAUCACAGUUACCCAGGACCCGUUCCACUUGCCUGACGCACCCCUCCGCUUCAACCUUGACCCAACAUGCCUACCCCCCGACGACUCGCUGAUAUCAGUCCUUCAAAUGCUCGAUUAUGGUCCCAUCUUCCGUCAUCGUCGUCAUCGUCCUUCUCCUCCUUCUCCUCCUCCAACAGUCACCCAGAACCAGAACUCCCACCGCCGUCAAAAAACCACCACCACCACCACCACCACCACUCAUCAACGAAACCACUCCCCUCCUCCUCGACAACAACAACACCAACACCAUGACCAGCCCCAACACCACGAAUCCCUCUCCAAACUCUCACCACCCAAUCCUCGACCUCCCCCUCUCCCACCUCCCCACCCUCUCGACCGGCCACCUCCAACUCCUCUCCCUCUGCCGCGCCAUCAUCAAAGCCCGACACAUGCGCAUCACAGCCCAAGCCGCCGCAGACGAAGAAUACAGACGCGAUAUGGCCGGUGA